UUUCUGUCAUAAACAAUAAGAUAAGCUAGCACAGAAGUUAAUGGCAGACUGAUGAAUUAAUACAUAACUGCAGGAUAUAAUAGAGGAUGGCUUUUAUUAUCUCUCUCUGUGUGGAGACCAUUAGUUUGUUUGUGUUCUGCUGGUGUAUCCGCUUAUUUUGGGAGAACUGGUAAUAAUAAUUGGCAGCAAUGUGUGCUAAGAUAUGAAAAUUAACUAAAUUAGGACUGCAAACACAUAUUUGUUUAUUGUUUUCUAAAUUAUUUGAUGGACUGGUCAAUAGAAUAGUGAUAAAUGCCCAUCAGAAUAUCACAUUGCAUGUUUUGUAUGACCAAUAGUCCAAAACCAGAAUAUAUUAAAUUUAAAAUCACAUAAAACAGAGAAGCAGCAAAUCAUCACGUCGACUUUUGACGAGAUAAUGGAAAAGGUAUCAACACACGUUCAAUUAAACUUACAAUAAGCAACACGUUGCAGACGAUGACGCGAGUUGCUCGUUGUUCCUAAAAGUUUCGAACUUUCCGACAGCACUUGAAGGCAGCGUGCGUUAGCUAGCGGGCUAGCUUAGCAUUUCGGGCGGCUACGUGUAACUUCGCCCUCUUGUUCUGCUCAAUGCACGAAGCAACGGUGGCCUCUGACUCAACGCAGACUACGCGGACAUAGACCGGUACACAUGGACGUCAGUGAGUGCGUUUUGUCGGCGGGCAGAGCCGUGCUGGACGUGGUGGAGCGGGAGUGGCAGCCGCUGUCUCCGGGCGAGCUGGAGCAGAGGCUGGACCAGGCGGUGGAGGAGAUCCUGGAGGCUGAGCUCAUAGCGCAAUUUAAAACUCAGCCUCCCCCAACUAUAGUCGUGCAUUUACCGCAGAGUCAAGCGAGUGUGGAGCCCCAAGUUUUACAGACAUGCAUCAGACCCCCCGAGGAAGAGACACCAGAGUCCCGAGAACCGCUGGAGACCGUUGACGGUGCAGCAGUCAAGUGCAUCACAGACCUGCUUCAAAACUCUCAAUCCAGGGCUCGAAUGGCGGGACGGGCUCGCCUGUCCCUGUCCCACACCGUCCUGCUGUCCCUCACGCUGCUCUCUGAGCGGGUCAGCUACCGCUCGGUGUCCCGCCGCUUCCACCUGGAGAAAGGAAACAUCCACAGGAUCUUCUUCUCUUUCUGCGAGCGCCUCAACACGCUGGAAGAGAAGCAAAUCAGGUGGCCAGUCGGCAGGGAGGCUGUGGAAGCCCUCUUCCCACUGUGCAGUCCAGAGAAGGAGCAGGAGGAGCAGCAAGGUGUCCCUGUGGUCCUGGGAGUGUUGGGACACACCCGCAUCCCGAUCCGCCUGCCAAUAGGGAAACACGAUGUGGAGAGCGCAGGGCCUGAAGUGAAGAGGCUGAAGAAGGAGGCCCAUCCCGACUCCUGGCUAAACCUGCAGCUCGCAUGUGACCGUAAAGGCCGCUUCCUACACUGCAGAAUCAGUAAAGGAUCAGACGUGGACAGAGGCGGCGCUCUGAGGGACAAACUCAAACAGCAUCCUGAACUGAUGCCCUCUGACUCCUGCCUCCUGGCCAGAGCCGGCUACCCGCUCACCGCUCACAUUUUAACUCCAUACUCAGGAAGUCACGGACCAAGAGAGGAGCUCUUCAACAAGACGCUAGAGGAGCAUUGUCACAUCCUGGAUCAGGCUGUCGCCAACCUGAAAGCCAGGUUCAAAAGGCUCAGGUAUCUAGAUAUCGGAAACUACGAGCGAGCCAGAGCUGUUGUGCUGACUGCCUGUGUGUUGCACAAUGUGUUUUUGGACAUGGGACAGGUGGUUCAAGGGGACGUUGAGGAAGAAGAAGCCAUAACCCGAGAGGGGGAGUUGGAGAUGGAUGACGAGGGCGUGCACAGACGUGACGCCGUCUCAGAUUUGUUGUUUAAAAUGUUUGAUUCUGGAAGCGUGUGACGUGAGGAUGUCUGGUGGGAAACGGCUCCUUGAUAUAAAGGUUUAUCUGAACAGAAUCUCUACUUUCUGGGUCUCUCAAUACGACGGAUAGGUUUGUCUUUAAAGCUUUUACACUGUGGGAAUUAUCAGUUUUCCACAGUAAAUCUGGGCAAUGCAUAGUUAUUACUGUAGUUAACCACAAUAGAGAUGACAAAUUAUAUUUUCCAAAACAUUAUCACCUCUUGUUACAUUUUACAAAUAGAAAAAAAUAAAUGUAAUCACACAAAACAGACCGUAGGACUGUAGAUGUAUGUUAAAGCCAGUGUAUUUCUAGUGGUCCUCUUCAUCGGAGUAGAAGUACCAUGUAAUGUAACGACCAAUAUAACCUGUGAGUCUGUAAUACAGCACAAUAAAGCACAUGGGUAAGGAACACUAAUAAUAACCACUGAAAAGUCUUAAUACAUGAGUGAGAGUCUGUCCAGGAUCUUGUAAUCCAUGGGGUGACAAAAAGAACAUGCGACGAAUUGCGAGAAAAUAAGUAAAUGAAGGGGCAAUGAAUUAAGUUAUUUUUCUUUAAGUUUUUUCACCCAAAUGUAUUUUGAAAGUGAUGACCGGAAGUGAGUGUUUGCUAUUAUGUCUACCUUGAUGCAAGUGUGACAAUUUCCGGGUUAAAUAAAUCUCCAGACCAACAAAACUUUAAACUUUCUUUUAAAAAGUAUCGGCAGUAUUGAUGUUACUGUUAUCUGUAAUAAUCUCACUAAAAACGAGUUGAAUAUGAAUAUAUAUAUUAUACUGAUAUUUAAACUGUUACAUGCGGGAAAAAAAGUUGCAGUUCCUCACUGUGACCACUGGAGGGCAGUGAACACACGUCAACCGUCCAAAUCCGUCAGGCCCUGGCGUCAAGACAGACGCACUACCAUAACAAUAUAUCCGGUAAAAGUUUCAAAAUAAAAGUAAAGUGUUUCUGUGCAAAACUACGGUAGUAUUUAUUGCAGGAUUGUUUAUUGGAAAACAUUACAAAGUGAAGUUGUGCAUACAAACAGUGUAUAUUAUUAAUACACUAAUGGUACAAGUGUCUCAAUGAAUAGUUAAUGAUAGCUUUUGGGAAUGAUUAUAAAUAUAAAUGUCUGCGUUAUUUUCACUGAAAAAUUUGUGUUUUAGUCUAACUGACUUCCUUUCAUCAUUUCCGUUUAAUUUUGUCUAAUCUUGCAUAACUUUAUGAUAUAAAGAACUGGUGCAGUGAUGGUGGGGGCCUGUAUAUUCUUAUUUGUGAGUCAUAUUUUAGUUUUUCUUGCUCUCCAACAUCAGCCGACCGUAAUUCACUCUUUGCAGGCGGUAUAAAAAUAAGUGAUGAUUACAUCCAUUGGAGCAUCAACAGAAAAGGACAACUUUCAUGUGAUCUGCUUGCAGUAUAAACAAAAGAUGACCAGGGUAUGAUUAGUGAGUGUGUGUCGGGUUUAAGUUCAGACCGGCCAAACUAAUCCCUGUAACAGUUAAAACUGUGCCAACAUGACCAACCUUAAAAACAUUUAUAACAAACGCACUCAAACAGUUCUCCUCGUGCAUGAUGAUAAAAGUUUUUGGUAACAGAAAACCGCAUCUCUUCUGGCCUAAUGUCCCUCCUUUGACAUCUGUGUGCUGUUCUUCUGAGCCAGGCUGGAGAUGGCCUGGGCCAGGUUGUUGAUGGCCUCUAUCUUCCUCUCCUCCAGGGCUUUCUGCUGGGCCCACAUGUUCAUCUUCCUCUCUUGCAGCUCCAUGUACAGCUGUAGGACGUCCUGUGGAGGCCUGGCCGUGGAGCAGGGAGCAGCUGUUGUAGGAGGGUUAGGGAGGAUGGGGGUGAACCUCUUGCUGGCUAUGGCCUUGCCCACUCUGGUCCCGCUGAGCUUCGCCCUUCGCUGGGCUUCAAUCUCC